CAAAAAUGAAUCUGACAGUGAUUGGAUUUCUUCCCAACUGGUGCCCGGUGGGGAAGGAGAGCUUAUCUUGAGAAAGCUAGUGGACUGUUUUGUCUUGUUGCAAUUUAAAGACACUAAUUCAAGGUAUAUCCAAAUGCCAGAAGAAAUCUAUUCUAUUUUGCAAUCAUUAAACAAUCAGAAUCCUUUGUUCUUGAAAAAAUCUGGGAAAGGGUUGGUUGAACCGCCAAAUACUGAGCUAUGGCAUAAUUCUGUACACAUUGAUUUAGCAGACAAUAAGCUAUCUGAGUUACCCUUGACCCCAAAUUGUCUUGAACUCAAAGUGUUAAUGUUAUACAACAAUGACAACUUGACAAAAAUCCCAUCCCUUUUCUUCUUCAAAAUGCCCAUUCUUUUCUUCCUGGAUUUAUCCUACACCAGUAUAAAAGAACUGCCAAGCUCCUUUUUUGAGUUGGAAUAACUUAGAGAACUUUCUAUGAAAGGUUGCGAGCGCUUCAAGAAACUACCUCCAGAGGUUGGAAGACUGAAGAAACUUGAGAAGCUUGAUCUUGACAAGACUCAAAUCAUACAUUUGCCAGCAGAGAUCCAAGAGUUGACCAAUCUCCAAAGUUUGACACUUUGUUUAUAUGAGUAUCGUGGCAAGAAAAGCAAACAAUAUACUAGCUCAACAAUUGUUCCUUUUGGGGUGAUUUCCAAACUUCAGGUGUUAAAACAUUUAAGCAUUGAUGUAAACCCCAAUGAUGAGAGAUGGCAAGAGAAUGUACAAGUUAUUCUACCAGAAAUCUUGGCAUUGCAUUGCUUGGAAACUAUUAGUUUAUACAUUCCAGAACCAAAACUUCUGAAUCUUUUGCCAGCUCACAUUUUUAAGCUUGAUUUUAGAUUCAUUGUUGGCCAACAUAUGUCACGAAUCAUAUCAGGUGCGCUACCCUCAGCUGAAGAAAAAUUUAAACAGAGUGAGUGUAGCUUAAUGUUUGUGAAAGGUGUUGAUGUCCCUCAUGAAAUAAAAGAUGUUGUCAGAUAUAGCAAGGCUUUAUUCCUAGAUCGACACUUGACCAUCAAAGAUCUUUCUGUAUUUGGCAUGACAAAUAUAGAGCAAUUACAAGUGUGCUUAUUGGCUGAGUGUAAAGAAAUGCAAACAAUUGUUGAUGGAAGAUACUCAAGAAGUGAGGAUAUAUUUCCUUGUUUGCUAUUAUUGAGCGUAUCCUACAUGAAGAAUCUAAGAAGCAUUUGUGAAGGAGAAAUUCAUUCCAGUCACUGUUUUGGUAUGUUGAAGUCCUUGACAUUGCACAAUUGCCCCAAGUUAUCAACUAUUUUCACCUUGAAUUUUAUAAGCAAUCUUUCACUCUUAAAGGUGCUUGCAGUCAAAGGUUGUCCAAAAGUAAGUGCUUUAAUAUCUUGUGGAUCGUCCAAACUCAAAGCAGGAACUUUUCUCUCAAAAUUGAGAACAAUGAUACUUAUCCAUCUUCCUGAGCUGAUCAGCAUAUCCAAUGGAUUACACAUGGGUCCAAGUUUGGAAAAUAUUGGAAUUUAUGAUUGCCCUAAACUUCAGAGCUUUUCCAAGAUGGAAUUGUCAAGCAAAAAUUUGAAAAUCAUCAAAGGAGAAACUAAGUGGUGGGAGGCACUAACAUGGAGUGAAGCAGAAUGGGGAAAAAUAGGUCAGCCAUCAAUGUUUGAUAGCAUAUUUUCCCCAAUCAAUCAAGAGGCUGAUAUUAUAAGUCAAUUAGAUUUCAAUGAUGAUAUUGAUGAUAGUACAGGUGGGAUGGUGGAUGAGCCAUUGCAGGCUUCUAGUGAGAGGGUCUUCAAGGGCACAAAGCUAAAUGCCAACAGGCCAACACCAUUACAACUUGGAAGCAGAAAAUCUGUUAUGAAUUCAGGAAAGACGCACAUUCCAAGGCCACCCGUAUUAAUACAUAGUCAUAAAAGCAGUGGACCUGCCAAAAAUAUAGACACAAACCCAUUAGAGGUUUUCCAUUCAAGAGGUUCAAGUGGAGCAUGCCCUGUGGAACAGCCCUUGUUAUGGACAACACUUGCAACAACUCACUAAAGACUGAUACAAAUUAGAUGUAACUUUGUAUAUUCCAGGCUUGUGGGCGG